AUGGGCUUCCUGGGAAUCUACCGAGCCCUCUAUGACUACACUCCUAACGAGGAUGCCGAGUUAGCCAUCAAGCAGGGCGACCUGCUGUACAUCCUCGAGAAGAAUGACGACGACGGCUGGUGGAAGGCCAAGAAGAAGGCCGGUACCGAUGACGAGGACGAGCCGACUGGCCUGAUUCCGAAUAACUACGUUGAAAAGGCCGAGACAGUGGGCCAUGCCCGUGCCAUUUACGAGUAUACUCGCCAAACCGACGAGGAGCUGUCCUUCUCCGAAGAUGCCGUGCUAGAGGUCUUCGACACCACUGACGAGGAUUGGAUUCUUGCUGGAGUAGACGGCGAGUAUGGAUUUGUUCCCGCAAAUUAUAUCGAAGUCCAAGCGGCCGCUCCUGCAAGUGCGCCGUCGCUGCCGGCGGCUCCAGCAUUACCACGAAGGCCACCAUCCCAAAGCAUCGCGACCGACGAUAGCACUCCCCCGUCUGAUGAUGCACCGGCUGCAGUUCCUGCGAUUGCAGCACCUGCGGCUGCGGACCCUGCAGCCGCCAUUGCUAGCGUGAUUCAAAACCGUCAAUCCACAAGGGAGCCCAUGACUAUCAGGUUCAAAGAACCGCAGUUGUCCGAUGAAGAGUCUAUUAGGUCACCCGCUCUACCCUCACGGCCACGCCCACAGUCUCAGGCAUAUUCAGUGUCGUCAGAGCAACCAGCCAAGCCGGAGCGAACUCCCGAAUCCCAACCUAAAGGACAUCUGAUCCCUGGCAACUUCCACCUGUACAACAUCAACGAGAUGGUAUCGGUCAUGGGCAAGAAGAAGAAGAUGCCGACCACCCUGGGCAUAAACCUCUUGACGGGUACGAUUCUUAUCGCGCCCGAAAGAGCUGAGAACGACCCCCCGCAAGAAUGGACUGCCGAUAAGAUGACCCAUUACUCUCGUGAAGGCAAGCACGUCUUCAUGGAGCUUGUUAAGCCUAGUAAGAGCAUUGAUUUUCAUGCCGGAGCUAAGGACACUGCAGAAGAAAUUGUAGCUUCUCUCGGUGAGCUUGCAGGUGCUGCUCGAGCAGAGGGACUGCGAGAGGUGAUUGCCGCAGGCUCUCAAAAGCGUCAAAGAAAGGGAACUAUUCUAUAUGACUUCAUGGCCCAAGGCGACGACGAGGUGACCGUAGCUGCGGGCGAUGAGGUGGCCAUUAUCGAUGAUUCAAGGAGCGAGGAUUGGUGGCAAGUUCGCCGCCUAAAGAAUGGCAAAGAAGGCGUUGUCCCGAGCAGUUAUAUCGAGUUCUCAGGCACCAUUACGCCCCCACUUGUGCAGUCGGCAACAGGGCCGUCUGGAGGCCAAAGUUCCGCUAAGUCGACCGUUGAGCAAAACCGCCUGGAGGAGAUAAGACUCACGAAAGAAGCAAUGAAGGCUGCCAGCAGGGAGCCUCAGCAGCAACAGGUAGGCCUAGGAAUGCCUUUACCUCGAAGAGGUAGUAGUCUCAUAGCUCCGGAUGAUGGUAACACUUUGGGACAACAGCGGCCUCGACGCGAGAAUGGACGAAACGAUGGCGGCAGUCAUGCUUCAAGCAAAUCGAAGCCUGACCCAUCCAAAGUCCGGGUAUGGACAGAUCGAUCAAAGUCAUUUAGUGUCGAGGCCCAAUUCCUUGGGCUCAAAGACGGCAAGCUACACCUCCACAAAAUGAACGGUGUAAAAAUUGCCGUGCCCAUAGCCAAGAUGUCGCACGAUGACCUCGUAUAUGUCGAGAACCUCACUGGUAUAUCCCUGGAUGAUGAGAGACCCCUCGCCGAUGUCAAACGGGCGUCAAAGGUCCCGGAACAACCGAAGCCUGCCCCCGUUGGAGCUUCCGUGGACAAAGGGCCGGAAUACGACUGGUUCCAGUUUUUCCUAUCUUGCGAUGUUGCUGUUGGCCUUUGUGAACGCUAUGCUCAGGCGUUCACGAGGGACUCCAUGGAUGAGAGUGUCCUACCAGACGUCGACGCUGGCGUCCUACGUAACCUGGGUCUGCGAGAAGGAGAUAUCAUCAAGGUAAUGCGGACUCUGGAUGCCAAGUUCGGUCGCACCAAGGCCAAUGGCGAUGCCGACGGGGGUCUUUUUUCAGGUCCUGGAGGUGCUCUACGGAAUAACACAAGGAAAGGCAGGCCCGCCCCUGCAGUCCAAACUGGCGAUGUGGUUGAUGCCGCCGUUUUCUCGACCAAGGAGGCCCCUAGCUCUACCGAGACGGCGACGAAACCCGCGUCUCCUGCAAGCCCGGUGAAGGAGCCCAAGCGUCCCGCAGGAGGAUUUGACGAUGAUGCUUGGGAUGUGAAGCCAACAAAGCAAGAACAGCAAACACAAUCGCAACCCCCAGCGCCGGCAGCGGAGGCCCCGAAGAAUGUAGAGCCUGCUCCUGCUCCUACUCCCGCUCCCGCCCCUGCUCCCGCGCCUGUAGCGCUCACUGGAUCUAUGCAGGAACUUUCCCUAUUAUCAACACCAUUGGAGCCCAGCAAGGUCGAGCCAAAGCCUCAGCCUCUGGCUCCGCUGCAGAGCGAACCACAGGUACCUGCGCCGGCCCCCCAGCAGCCACUGCUUGGAGCAAGCCCGUCCUUCUUUUCAACAGUGCCGCAGCCAAACCAGGUUGUUUCGGCCCAGCCCUCGCUCACUGGGGUCCAUAUCUCUCCGAAAUCUCUAGGAAGACAACGACCGCUAGCUCCAUCUAUUUCGCCGCCAGUUCAAGGCUCUCUUAUCGUUCCGCCACCACCGCAGCGACCCCUUUCUGCGCCGCAAUCAACUCUUGCUCAAGGCAUGUUUCCAGCACCUGCGCUUGUCCCGCAAGUUACUGGUCUCGUUCAGGGCCAGGUUGCACCACCAGGCCAGAGCCUCAAUGACAUUACCCAAGCCCGCCUGCAGCAACAAUAUGCUGCCCAACUGCAAAGCAUGCAGCCGAUGCAGCCGAUGCUAACGGGAUACGUUGGGCCCCAGCAGCAAGGUCUCCCCCAGUUCCCCCAAGGAGCUCCCGGCCCGUACUUACAGCCCAUGCUGACUGGUGCACCCGGCUAUAUCGACCCGAGCCGCAUGAGCCAGUUCGGAGGACUCCAACCCCAGCCCACCGGCUUCCAGCCAUCCUUGACGCAGUCUCCCUUUGGCGCUGGCAGCAUCAACAACUAUCUACCGCCGCCUCUGCAGCCGCAACCCACUGGAUUCCAGGGCCUGCAGCCAGGACCUAGCAACGAGUUGAAGGCACCUAUGCAACCUCUUGUGCCUCAGAAGACCGGACCUCCGCCGCCAGUCCGGUUCGGCGUCACGCCAGAAACCAAAAAGCUAACGCCGCAGCCAACUGGCCGACGGGCCAACCUGGCUCAAGCGACUCCUGAAAAUCCGUUCGGUUUCUAA